GUCUAAUAACCUUAAAAAAAAAUGUAUUCGAAUCGACAGAUUUGAAGGGGGUUUCACGUCACCUUAAAAAUGUCGUUAUCACCAAAAAGAGCACAGAUGAAUUUUAAUUCAUCGACGUCGAUUAUAUCUCUCAGUGCCUUUCAUAUCACCUAAGAAUUCAGUAUUAUCUAGAAUUUUCUAAUCCAACCGUCGGCCCCGAUUCAAAUCGGCGCGCGGCACGCAUGCGCGGGCGGCUCGCCGCGAUUGGCCGUCGGAAUGCCGGCGGCGCUCGGGAGGUGGCACCGCGGUGGAGCGCGAGAGAGAGCGAGAGGGAGGACGAGGGAUGCGCCGCGGAUAAAGCGAGAGGUAAGGGGCCGGCCUCCGGUUGUUUGGUGCUUCCUUCAGUACAUCGAGGUACGUCGUUUCGCGGAGAGCGCGCGUCGGUGCCGAGCCACGAGUUACAUCGCUCACCGAGAAAGAGAGAGAGAGAGAGAGAGAUAGAUAGAUAUAUAGAGAGAGGGAAAGAGACAGCGAAGCGACUAGCAGGAGCUAGAGGAAGAGCCACGCCGAGUCGAGAGAGCACGGGUAUACACACUCGCCGGUGCGAGAGGAUGGCGGCCCCCAAGGACGACGGCGCGGAGAGCGUGCAGUUUUUCGAGGGCGUAGAGAAGCUCCUCGAGAUCUGGUUCACCAGCGCGGACGGCAAGGACAGACAGCGAGACCUUCGCACGAUCCCGAGGCAAAAGUGGGAGUCCCUCCUGAAGAUCGUCAGGUGCGAGAUCAUCAGUUUCUGCAGCAACGACCAGGUCGACGCCUACGUCUUAAGUGAGAGCAGCAUGUUCGUGUCGAAACGCCGGCUGAUCCUGAAGACCUGCGGCACCACAACUCCCCUACAAUGUCUGGAGCCAUUGUUGCAUCUCGUCGAACAGUACACAGGAUUCGACGAAGUCGAGGAAUUUGCUGCUCUGCGAAAUUCGCCACCAUCGGGCGGCGAGUACCAUGGGACCUUGUAUCAGGACCUGUUCUAUUCCCGGAAGAAUUACAAGAGGCCGGAGCUGCAGAUGCCACCGCACCAGGCCUUCGAGGAGGAGGUCGCCUUGCUGGACACCUUCUUCCCCGACGGCGAGGCUUACUGUUUGGGGUCUGCCGACAUGGACUGUUGGUACUUGUACACCCUGAACAGGGAGAAGACGUCCCAGGGCGAGCGGGAGCCGGACCAGACGCUGGAGAUCCUGAUGACCCAUCUGGACCCGGACGUGAUGUCGAUCUUCACCCGCGACGUCUGCUCCUCGGCUGCCGAGGCGACCGAGAAGUCGGGCAUCGAGAAGCUCAUCCCCAAUAUGGUGAUCGACGACUUCCUGUUCGAGCCCUGUGGCUACUCGAUGAACGGAGUCUCUAAAAGCGGCAACUACAUGACGAUCCACAUAACCCCGGAGCCGGAGUUCUCGUACGUGUCGUUCGAGUGCAACAUCCCGGAGGCGUCCUACGAGGAGGUGAUCCGCCGGGUGCUGGAGACCUUCAAGCCGGGCAAGUUCGUGGUGACGAUCUUCGCCAACAAGGAGUCGGUGGCCGCGGACUGUCCACGGGAGCUGGGCCAGAAGGAGUACCCGGACUUCGGGGCGGACUACCUGCGGGAGGACGUGCAGUACUGCCGCUUCAAGAACUACGACCUGAGCUGCGCCUUCUACUCCAAGUUCCCGAGCUGAGGGUUGAAGGACGCCUCGUUU